UUUGCUCCUCCCACCUGCUCUGGUCACACGAGGCAGCAGGUGAAUAAAAGGCUUGAACGCUGGACUCCAGCAGAGCUCUCCUGUCUGCAGAUCUUGUUUCUUCAACCGAGCAGGAUGCGCUGGCUUUGCACCGCGGGGCUCCUGGUGGGCGUCCUGCACCUGUCCUCCUCCCUGCUACUGGGCGCCUUCAACAUCAGGACGUUCGGAGACACCAAAGCUUCCAACGAAACCCUGAUGAACAUCAUCAGCACGGUUGUCCAUCGCUACGACAUCAUUCUGAUCCAGGAGGUCAGAGAUGCCGACCUUUCAGCGACCACGAAGCUGAUGGAGUAUGUCAACAAAGGUGGUUCUGAGUAUGGAUACAUCGUCAGUGAGCCUUUGGGGCGCAGCACCUACAAGGAGAGAUACCUGUUCCUCUACAGGCAGCAGGUGGUGUCUGUGGUGAAGAGCUACACCUACGAUGACGGCUGUGAGUCCUGUGGAACCGACACCUUCAACAGAGAGCCGUUCGUGGUCAUGUUCUCCUCCAAGAACACCGUCUCCGGCAGCUUUGCUUUGGUUCCUCAGCACACUUCUCCAGAUUCGGCCGUGCAGGAGGUGGACGCCCUCUACGACGUGGUCACUGACGUCCGUUCUCGCUGGAGCACCAACAACAUUGUUCUGUUGGGCGACUUCAACUCCGGCUGCAACUACGUGGUGGGCUCGGAGUGGGAGCAGAUCCGCCUUUUCACCGAUAAGAGUUUCCACUGGCUGAUCCCUGAUUCCGCCGACACCACCGUGACCACCACCGUCUGCCCCUAUGACCGGAUCGUGGUCACAGCUGACAUGGUGAAGGGCGUGGUGCAGGGCAGCGCGCAGGUGUACGACUUCAUGGCAGACUUGAAACUCAGCCACAGUCUGGCUCUGGAUGUCAGUGAUCAUUUCCCCGUUGAGGUGAAGCUCUCCUAAUCCAGACAAUCCUUCAUCCCAAAAGUGAAAUAAACAUCAAUCUGUAAACCAAA